AUGCAACCAAACGGACUCCAAUCACGUUACCAAACGACGAACGGACCAAGUUUAAGCAUGGUACCAGCCCUCUUCGGCGAACAAAAUUACUACAGGCAUGGAGCCUACGCCGGGAUGUCCAUGGGUGGCAUGGCCAUGUACGGACAUGACCAAUACGGCACUAUGAGUCGUGGCCCGUCGCUGUAUGCUAGUCCAUACGCCCCACCACAUCACGGGCCAAAAGACAUGGUCAAGCCACCAUAUAGCUACAUCGCGCUGAUCGCCAUGGCUAUAAAGAGUCAACCUGACAAGAAAAUUACACUGAAUGGAAUUUACCAAUUCAUCAUGGAACGUUUCCCGUUUUAUAGGGAAAACAAGCAAGGAUGGCAAAAUUCAAUACGCCACAACCUGUCUCUAAACGAGUGCUUCAUAAAAGUAGCCCGCGACGACAAGAAGCCCGGUAAGGGCAGUUACUGGACACUGGAUCCGGAUAGUUACAAUAUGUUCGACAAUGGCAGUUAUCUGCGGCGUCGAAAGCGGUUCAAGAAGAAAGACGCCAUACGAGAACGCGAGGAGCGGGAAAGGCAGUUAGCGGCCGAGCUACAGAAAGACCGCGAAAAGACGUCGUCGUCCUCCGCCUCCUCUAUGAUCGGUGCCGGCGGUGGAGGCGGAGGCGGUGGCGGCGGUGGAGACGAUACAGCGGAAGUCAACUGCGGCGAGUCCCAAACGUCUUCUCUAAACGACAGCUCAUCCCCUGGGGGCGGACACCACCAACCACAGCAUCCCCACCAGCAGUCGAACCAAGAGAACAACAACCCCAACAGUGGCAGCACUCAUCAUCAUCCCCACCACCAUCCACAUCAUCCAGCCCAUCACAACAGCAACAACACUAAACGGCUAUCGCCGAGUGUGAAUGAAGAACGUAAAAACACGGGAGGGUCCGCGUCACCUGGAUCGCGGGGUUCGGGUUCUUUACAAGGCGGGGCCAUGUGUAACAGUAACGGAACUGUGGACGUGACGACGGGCGGUGGAACUCCGAUGGCCACGCCAAAACUUGAACCUAUGGACUCUCCUCGUAAUGACUGUGGUCUUCUUGGACAACCGGUAUCCGCCCCUUCUCGUCUCGGCUCGAACCCCAACACACUGCCCAUACCAACAGAUCCAGUAAACAUGGAAAUGACCCCAACGAGUUUCUCGGUCGAGAAUCUGAUGACAGUGCCCCACACAACAACCUCUUGUGAUAUGUCGACAGCGGCGGCUGCUGCUGCAGCUGCUGCAGCGGCCGCUGCCUCAUCUAAUUACGUCAACAGUCGACCCCCACCGUUGGUGUCACCGCAAAUCUUGCCCUACGGGUCCCGUUCCGGGUCGGGAUCGGCUGCGACGGCAGCUGACAUCUAUCGAAAUACCUCGUGUUCCCAAACGGCUGCUGCUGCGGCGGCUGCCGCUGCUGCAGCCGCCGCUGCCGCUAAUGGUGGCUACAACUACCACUGCAGCGGUCAGUCUGUUUUCGCGCCCAAUGGGGGUCAGUCCAUGAACAUUGCCACCGGACCAUCGCCGUCCGAACAUGACGUCGUGGCAGCGGCGACAGCAGUCCAGAACCAGCAUUCGUCGUCUCUGGCAGCCGCACAGACAGCCAACGGUCUAAGUCACAGCAUGUUCUCUAACAGCCAGUCGUACUCCCGUGCAAACUCCUGGUAUGUUCCACCGCCACCAUCAGCCGCUGAACUUAAUCACCAUAGCACAGACUUUGCCGCUUCACCUUUUAGUCAGAUGCGAGACGUUUUCGAAUCCCAGCGACUCAUCAGCGCAUCUCAGGGUCAGAGCCAGUCGGCGGCAGCUAGUUGUCAGUUAGCCGCUGCGUUCCGAUCACCCUAUAAGCCAACGGGCACAUACAGUUACGACUGUGUAUCUAUCUAUCUAUCUAUCUAUCUAUCUAUCUAUAUGUAUACCUUAAAACUUAAAUCUAUAUUUUCAUCUAUCUAUCUAUCUAUCUAUCUAUCUAUGUCUGUCUGUCUGUCUCUCUUUCUCUCUCUCUCUCUCUCUCUCUAUCUAUCUAUCUAUAUAUAUAUAUUUCACUACUUUUGCCUCAUCACACAUCUAUCUAUCUAUCUAUCUAUCUAUCUAUCUAUCUAUCUAUCUAUCUAUACUAUAUAUAUCGGCAGAGAAAGGGAAUUUUCAUUAUCUCAGGCUCCCCCAGGACAUAACUGUACGUUACGCCCUCUUAAUAGAAUACAGAAAAUUACUUACUCUUUCUCUCUCUCUCUAUCUCUAUCUAUCUUUCUCCCCUUCUCUUUCUUAUUGACACUCUAA